CUGUGACAUCCUUGUAGACUGAGUUUGGGUGUUUUUACCCUCAAUUUGCAUAAUAAGAGAAGAAGAGGGCGGACUCCCUAUAAGUCCCGUGGUUUUUAUCCUUCACAUCGAAGGGGUUUUCCACGUAUAAAAAUCGUGUGUCGUUUGCAUCUUUAUUCUUCAUAUUUGAUUGUGGUUUAUUUGAUGUGCUGCUGAUUUUGUGUGCUUGGUUAAUCAAUUGUGGUAAAUUGGGUCAAGUGUUUGGUUGGUUGUCUUGAAGUUGAUCCUUGUAGGUGCAUCCUACUUGUUGCUUCUCUCCCAACAAGGUGUGGUCCUGGCCAUGGCAUUAGCAUUGGGAGCCUUGGCAAGUACGAGGAGGAAGAGGAUGUGAGGGGUAUACUAGUUAGGAACUCAACUCUCACAGACACCACUAAUGGGGUUAGGAUAAAGACUUGGGCGCCUUCUCCUCCAAGCAAACUAUUUAAUGUCACCUUUCGAGAUAUUAUUUUGAAUCGAGUCAGCAAUCCUAUUGUUGUGGACCAACAUUAUUGCCCUAAUAAUGAGUGUCAACAUAAGGGAGAAUCUCAAGUUGGAAUUUCAAGGGUAAAGUUCAUAAACAUUGUUGGCACCACAGGCGAAGAAGUCUCUGUAAAAAUCGAUUGCAGCAAAGACAAGCCGUGUGAGGACGUGGAGCUCGUGCGCUUGGACAUUACAACUCAAAACAAUAAGCCUACCUUAGCAACUUGCUCCUCUUAUGGGGGUUAUUUUCUUCGAUGCCUCUCUCCAACUCAUUGUACCUAGCUAGUUGCAUUAAGGGGCUUAAAUGAAAUUUUGUAUUCUCUGUCUGAAAUAUUUUUUCUCAUUUUACUCUUAGUGGUUUUUAGUUUAAUUAAUACUCUAAAAUUAAUAUCGAUCAAUAGUUAUAUAAAAGAUUGAUGACCCAAAUUGUAAAAAGAUUGUCGAGCGAAAUCCCCUCUUUCCACCAUUUUCAAACCUCAAUUGUCCCAACUGCUUAUGUGCUGCAAUCCACCUCCACUCCACUCCACUCUUCUUGCUGAAAACCUUGCUGGACUCCCAUGGCGAAUCCGAAAUCCAGCCCCAAAUCCGACCCGGAAUCAUCCAAGUCCAACUCCCGAGCUGUUCUCAAGUUUCUUGCUGAGUUCAGCCCUUCAGAUUCCAAUUCCUCUCAAAUUCGAUCGCUUGCAAUCUUCACGCUUUCCGAUUCCCGAUCCGUAAUCUACCUCGGCACGACUUCAGGCUCUUUAGUUUCUGUAUCUGUAAACCCUAAUUCUCCCAGCACCCACUCUGCUCUGGCAUAUGACCGCCAAGUCACUGUGGGUGCUAGUCCUGUAAAUUCUAUACACGUGAUAGAGGAUAUUGGCAAAGUAAUUGCCCUGUGUGAUGGAUUUCUUUACUUGGUUGAUUUGCUUUUGCUAGAACCUAUCAAGAAACUCAGUCUGAUAAAGGGAGUAACUGUAUUAUGUCGGAGACUUCUAAGUAGGAGUCUAACCUUUACUAGAGACAGUGUUGUGCACCGAUCCAAUGAGAUGAAACGGAAAGAAGAGGGCUGCUUCUUUGCGGUUGCUGUUGGGAAGAAAUUAAUUGUGGUUGAGUUGGUUUUUGGCGGUUCUUUAGUGAUUUUGAAGGAGAUUCAGGGUCUCCCCGAGGGUUCUAUGGGCUUAGCAUGGGUGGAUGAUUCAAUUUUUGUUAGCACUAGAAAUGGGUAUUAUUUAUAUUCGUACUCAAGUGGUCAGGGAGGGCUGUUAUUUUCUCUACCUGAUUCGUUUGGGCGGCCUCUGAUGAAAGUACUGUGUAAGGAAUGUAAGGUUAUGCUAAUGAUGGAUAAUGUAUGCGUUAUUGUGGAUGCUGAAGGUCAGCCUGUUGGUGGCAGCUUGGUGUUUCAUGAAGCGCCAGAUUCAGUAGGAGAGGUAGGGCCAUAUGUGUUGGUGAUUAGAAAUGGGAAGGUAGAACUUUAUCAUAGAAAGUCUGGAAAGUGUGUGCAGCGAGUUCCAUUUGUGUCUGAAGUAGGUACUCGGGGUAUUCUGGCAGAUGAAGGCAAUGGAAAAGGAGAAUUUGUUGCUCUGGCACCAGGCUCCAAGGUCCUAUGUUUCCAAAAGGUAUCAUCUGAAGAUCAAAUUAAGGAUCUACUGCGCAAGAAAAACUUUAGCGAAGCUGUAUCUUUGAUGGAAGACCUCUGGAAUGAAGGUGAAAUUGCGAAGGAUAUGCUAUCCUUUGUCCAUGCUCAAGUGGGAUUCCUUCUGCUGUUUGACUUGCAGUUUGCAGAAGCAGUUAAUCACUUCUUGCUUUCAGAAACCAUGCAACCAUCUGAAGUCUUUCCAUUCAUCAUGCGGGACCCAAAUCGAUGGUCUCUGCUGGUUCCAAGGAACAGAUAUUGGGGCUUGCAUCCUCCUCCUGCACCUCUUGAAAAGGUUGUUGAUGAUGGAUUAAUGGCUAUUCAAAGAGCUAUUUUUCUCAAGAAGGCAGGUGUUGAGAGUACCGUGGAUGAUAAUUUUCUCUUCAACCCUCCAAGUAGAGCUGGAUUACUAGAGAUUGCUGUUAAAAACAUGACCAGAUAUUUGGAAGUUUCUCGCUUAAAAGAUUCAGCUUUGCCAGUAAAAGAGGGAGUUGACACCCUUUUGAUGUACCUCUAUAGAGCCCUUAAUCGCAUCAAUGACAUGGAAAAACUUGCAUCAUCUGAUAAUUACUGUGUAGUGGAGGAGUUGGAGUCGUUAUUGAGUGAAUCUGGGCAUCUAAGGACACUUGCUUUUGUGUAUUCCAGUAAGGGAUUGAUCUCUAAAGCUCUUGCCAUCUGGCGUACAUUGGCUAGAAAUUCAAACAACAUGAAAGAACUGGUUGGUGGAAAUGUUCUUCAAGACAACUCCAAGUGUAUUAACCCUGAUCAAGAGACAGCCGUUGCUGAGGCCUCAAAGAUUUUGGAGGAAUCAUCUGAUCAAAAUUUGGUAUUGCAACAUCUAGGAUGGAUUUCAGAUAUCAAUCAAAUUUUGGCAGUUCAAGUCCUCAUAUCAGAAAAACGAAUGGUACUGUUCUCACCAGAUGAAGUGAUAGCUGCAAUUGAUCCAAAAAAAGUGGAGAUUCUACUCAGGUAUCUCCAGUGGUUAAUUGAAGAGAAGGAGUCAGACGACACUCAAUUUCACACAACAUACGCUAUUUUGCUUGCUAAGUCGGCUCUUGAUGCUUAUGAAAUGGAACAUGUGUCGAAAAGCAAUGCAGGGAAUCCUAUCUUUGAGAGUCAUGUCAGAGAGAGGUUGCAGAUCUUCUUACAUUCGUCUGACUUGUAUGAUCCAGAAGAGGUCCUUGAUUUAAUUGAAGGAUCUGAACUGUGGAUGGAGAAGGCUAUUCUUUACCGGAAGCUUGGUCAGGAAACAUUAGUGCUACAAAUUUUGGCUUUAAAGCUAGAGGACUGUGAGGCUGCAGAACAGUAUUGUGCAGAGAUUGGUAGAUCAGAUGCAUACAUGCAGUUACUUGAUAUGUACUUGGAACCCAUGAAUGGCAAAGAACCCAUGUUUGCAGCUGCUCUUCGGCUUCUACAUAACCAUGGAGAAAUUCUUGAUCCAUUUCAAGUCUUGGAGAGAUUGUCACCUGAUAUGCCCCUUCAUCUUGCCUCAGAGACAAUAUUAAGAAUGUUGAGAGCCCGUCUCCACCACCACCUGAGAUCCACUCAGACUUGGUGAUAUCCUGAUAAGAGGUCUCACUUGAUGAAAUAUUGAGCCCCAUGUGACUAAUCUACAACUUCAUCAAUUGAGUCGGAAAUUCAUCUUUGAUUUAUUUCAAGUUUAAUUCUAGGUAAUCUACAGAAAAUCUCUAUGUGCCAUUUUUCUUUGAACUAACAGUACCUGGGAAGAAUAAGGAGAUAUUGUUAGC